AUGAUUCGGGACAGAAUCGUUUUUGGCACGAACAGCGCCAAAGCAAGAGAGAAAUUGAUAAACGAAGGAGAGAGAUUAACAUUAGACAAAACUAUUUCAAUUAUGCAAAACCUUGAAUAUUGCCAGGAACAACUGAAGGCAAUUAACGCAAACAACAUCGACGCAGUGAAGAAAAGACCCUCAAAACCAGACACACAACCGUCACAACGCAGACGACAACAACAACCAAGGCGAAAACCACCGACGACGGCGAACUCCAAGUGUAGCUACUGCGGAUACAAUAAACACCAAAGACAUGAACAAUGUCCAGCUCGAAACGCUACUUGUAAUAAAUGUGGAUUUAAAGAUCAUUUCGCACGCGUAUGUAGAAACAAGUCAGUGCAUGAACUGGAUUUAAACGGAUUAAAUAUGAGUGAUAAUAGUGAUCAGGAUACCUUCUUUGUUGACAUGGUAAAUACUUGUACAUCUUCGAAAAAUUUGUCUCCUCCAGAGCAAGCCUUUGUAGUUUUGUCCGUAGGCCCCUCCCAGACCCCACUGAAAUUUAAAAUAGACACAGGUAGCUCAGCUGAUGUAAUCCCAGUCAGCCAUUUUGAAAAACUUAACAUCAGUUACCCCUUAGAACCCCCUGAUAAUGGUUUAACCUCGUAUACAGGUAACUCAUUGCCAAUUCGUGGCAUGAUUAGGUUAAAUCUAGGUUACAACGGAGCCAGCUGUUUAUCAGCUGUUUACAUUGUAGAGAGCAACUCUGUUCCCCUGCUGAGUUUAAACACAUGUCUUACACUAGGUCUGGUCAAGUUAACGUACUCUAUCGAUACUUGUGAACCCUUAGACAAGAGCAAAAUGAUGACUCUAUAUGGCGACCUAUUUAAAGGGGUGGGGACCAUGCUCGGGGAAGCUAGUUUGCAUAUUAGACCGGACGCCACACCGGUUAUCAACCCCCCUAGAAGAGUUCCUGAAGCCCUGAGAGAGAAAUUAAAGCAAGAGCUAAAUCGCAUGGAAAAAGAGGGAAUCGUAGAAAAGGUCACUGUCCCAACAGAUUUUGUGAACUCCCUGGUAAUAGUUGAGAAAAAAUCAGGACAGUUGAGAGUAUGUAUUGACAGUAAGAAUCUUAAUGACGCAAUAAAACGUCCACAUUACCCCAUGAGAACGAUUGACGAUGUGACGUCACGACUUACCGGCGCAAAGUAUUUCAGUAUACUUGAUGUUACACAUGCCUACUGGUCCGUAAAGCUCGACGAGAAAUCGUCUUUUCUCACGACAUUUAGUACAGUGUUCGGGCGAUACCGAUGGCUGAGACUGCCCUACGGUAUAUCUGCAUCGAGUGACAUAUUCAUGCAGAAAAUCGACGAAGUAUUUGAAGGACUUGACGGACUGACGGCAACUGUAGAUGACAUACUUGUGUAUGGUAGAUCAAGAGAGGAACAUGACUUGAACUUAAAGAACGCUCUUGAGAGAGCAAGGUCAAAAGGUGUCAAGUUCAAUCCUGACAAGUGCGUGAUAGGGGUUACAGAAGUACCGUUCUUUGGUCACUUGAUCACAUCAACCGGAUUAAAGCCUGACCCCUCAAAAAUCGAGGCUAUUGCAAACCUCGAAGUCCCGAAGACACGACGAGAAUUAGAAAAUAUUCUUGGUAUGGCAAAUUACAUGCAGAAAUUUGCACCAAACUUGGCAGAGGUAACUAGCCCAAUGAGAGCAUUGUUAAAAAAAGAUGUUGAGUUUUUAUGGGACGUACCACAGACUCAGUCAUUUGACAAAAUGAAAGACAUCAUUACGCACAGUCCUGUUCUGGCGUAUUUUGACCCUAAACAGCCGGUGAUACUCGAAUGUGACAGUUCCUUAUAUGGGUGUGGCGCCGCCCUCUUCCAAAAUGGCCGCCCUGUAGCAUAUGCAAGUAAAACCCUGACGGAAACCGAGUCCCGAUACGCCAAUAUCGAAAGAGAGAUGAACGCGAUUGCAUUUUCAUGCUCUCGAUUUCACCAGUAUGUUUAUGGUAGAAAGGUCACCGUUCAUAGCGACAACAAACCUCUAUGUGCGAUAAUGCAAAAACAUCUAUGUGCAUGUCCGCCAAGACUACAAAGAAUGAGACUGGCACUAAGCAAAUACGACUUAGACGUGCAAUUUGUACCGGGUAAAGAAAUUCCCACUAGCGACCUUCUGUCUAGACAGCCUCUGAAGCUGACAUUUGAAAACAAAGACCUUGACAUUCAUGUUCACACAGUUCUUAAAGGUCUGCACAUCUCUGACCGCCGUCUAGAGUCGUUAAGGCUCGACACAAAAAACGAUGUUAACAUGCAGCUCCUAAAACAAACAAUUAUUGACGGUUGGCCAAUUUCCCGCGCAGACUGUAAAGCUGAAAUAGUGGAAUUUUUUAAUCACAGGGACGAACUUUCCGUUGCAGACGACCUAAUAUUCAGAGGUCAGACGAUAGUUAUUCCCGCCACUGCUAGGAAACAUCUGAUAGAGGCAGUUCACCAAGGUCACUUUGGGGUGGAAAAAACCACUCUAAGAGCAAGAGAACUCAUGUUCUGGCCAGGCAUGGCCAAACAAAUUUCUGACUAUGUUUCUCAGUGUUCUGUGUGUCAGAAACACAGAUACUCAAAUGUGAAAGAACCCCUUGAACAACAUGAAAUUCCAGACAGACCAUGGCAAAACAUUGCCGCUGACUUGUUCACUCUUGAUGACAAAGACUAUCUAAUUACGACGGAUUAUUACUCCCGCUUUUUUGAAAUAGAUCUUUUAACCAAUAAACAAAGUUUGACGGUCAUCAGAAAACUCAAGGUACAUAUGGCUAGAUACGGGAUUUGCCAGAAAUUGGUUUCAGACAAUGGUCCAGAAUGGUCAUCAAAAUUAUUUGCAGAUUCUGCAAAUGAUUGGGGUUUUACGCAUGUCACAUCCAGCCCCCUCCAUCCGAUCUCAAACGGCUUAAUUGAGAAAACCGUCUCAAUUGCGAAGCGCUUACUUCGUAAGGCUAAAGAAAGCAACAGAGAUCCAUAUUUAGCUAUUCUCGAAUACAGGAAUACACCCCUUGAAUGUGGUUUCUCCCCAAAUCAGCUCCUAAUGGGUAGAAGAACAAAAUCUAUUCUACCCAUAACCAACGCACAGCUCCAGCCUAGAACCAUCGAACCAAAACUGAUCAAAACAAAAAUGCAGAAAAUCAAAGAAAAGCAAAAGUCAAAUUAUGACAAGACAGCUAGAAAGCUGCCUCCCCUACGGUUAAAUGAAUACGUCAGAAUUCAGAUAAACAAAAUGUGGGAACCAGCCAAGGUCAUAGAGACACACAAUGAUAGGUCGUACACAGUCCAGACCGAAUCAGGUGGUAUUUACCACCGAAACAGAGUUAUGAUAAACAAAACCAAGGAAAUAUUUCCAGAAAUACGGGAUACCACGCCUAAACUUUUAGCGGAAUAUUCCCAGAAUUCUCCCGUUUCGCGCCCCAAUGCUAGGAAUGACCACACAUUGACCCCGCAUUUACCUGAUAUGCCCUGCUCUAACCCUCCUUGUCCUAAAACACGCUCUGGUUAUGGUAGACAAGUGAUUAAGAACAGACGUUAUUACAACGAGAACUUUACAAACAAUUAA